AAGUCUUCAUCAUUUUCAGGAAAAGAUCCAAAGUUGGUGUUGUCAUCCCUUUAUUUUUGUGCAUACACUUCCUGUUUGUUUGAUUUUUGUUUUUUGUAUAUUUACUUUUGGCUAAACCGUUGCUUUCAUUGCUAUGGUUAAAAUAUCAUUGUUUUCUGUCCACAGCCAUGUCAUUUGUCUAUGUCUUUGAAGAUGAUUUCUUUCGGAACAAUUAUUCCUAUGAUUACAACGAAUCCAGAGAAUCAUUCUCUCCAGAUCCAGAUACCUUAGAAUGUGGAUAUGAACCUUUGGAACCUACAGCAGUUGUGAUCCUGUGCGUCAUCUUCACAGUCAUCUCUGUAUUGGCCAUAUUCGGAAACCUGCUGGCAGGAUGGGUGAUCAGAACCAGCCAAGAAAUUUUGGCUCCAUCAGAUGUGUACCUGUUCCAACUGACCAUAGCAGAUGGACUGCUGGCUUUAACGCUUCAGUUCUGUGUUGCAGCACUAACUCGAGGAUGGCUCUUAGGAGACUUCCUUUGCCAACUCCUCCACAUCGUCAUGGAUGCGAACUUCUACACCAGCAUCAUCUUCCUCACCUGCAUUAGCAUCGAUCGUUACCUUGUGAUUGUGGGCGCCAGGGAGACACUGAAGAGUCACCAAAAGAUGUGCAGCAGGAUCCUCUGCACAGUGGUGUGGGUUCUCGGUUGUGCCCUUGCUCUGUCUACUCUUUCCAUUCGCUUUGACAUCUCUACCGCAUGGAGGCUCGCGAUUCAGGGGUUCAUUCGUGUUUUUGGCUUUUUGGUCCCUGCGAUUGUCAUGAUCUCCUGCUACAGCAUCACUGUUUCACGGCUGCUGCUCACUCACGGUUUCCAGAAGCACCGAGCCAUGCGGGUGAUCGUAACCAUCGUGGUUGCGUUUCUGCUCCUCUGGACACCAUACCAGAUAACCAUGGUGAUAGACAUACUGCUGAGGGCUGAUUUGGUACAGCAUGACUGUGAUACCAGGAGGUCGUUAAACACAGCCUUGGUUGCAACCCACUGCCUGGCUCUGCUGCACAGCUGCAUCAACCCAUUCCUCUAUGUCGCUGCAGAAGAAAAGCUCAGGAAGAAGAUGAAGCUGCUUUUUUAGAGAAAAGACAGACGGGCAAGUAUGUGACGCUCAAAAUUCAGGAGGUCAACAUGUCAGUAGAUUGAUCUGAAGGUCAUAGUGAUAAUAAUGCUAUUUAAACUAUGUUUCUUACUGCUGUUGUUUGUACUGAUAACAAAUAGCAAAUAUUGGGAAUGAUUUUAUAAAGUCUCUCAAUAUUUCACACUUGACCUCUGACCUCACUUUUACAUUUCACAUCAGUCUUUCUUUCAAGUUGACCCCAAAAUCUGUUAUUUUUACCACACUUUAAAUUUUAAAGUAUGUGUAAAAAGCAGAAAGACAACGAAAUGGACAUACACAAAAUACAACGCUAUCCCCUUGAAAGUAAAUGUUGCCCAGGGACUGAGCUGCCUUGGCUUAAGUUUGGGCUCCCUGAGUGCUUCUUGCUUAUUACUGUCAUCAUCACUAGUUGUAGUUGUACAAACUAUCCAGCAGAUGGCAAUGAAGACCAAGAAGUUGUAUAGACAUUAAAACAAUUAAGAAAAAACAAGAUUUAAGUGUUUAUCAUGCAGAAUUUUCAGAAACAAAUAAGUCAUUCGCACACUCACACGCAGUCAACUUCCCGAUAAACUUUGUUACUAGCCAUUGGCUCUGUUGGACCCGGCAGAGUCCCAAAUGAUCAUUAUUUGAACUUAAAGACUUGACACGUGACCUAAAUGUGUUUUCAGGCAGAGGAUGAACAGAGGUGCUGCAUAAAGGGUCACUGUGUGAUAAAUCAUCACACCAAGUCAAUUUACUUAAAUGCAGAGCUGAUAAUGAGCACAGCAAAGUGUACUUAAAUAAUCUUGUGAGUUUAAUUCUUCAUUGACUUUAGUUUUGUUUGUUUUUCCGAUUCAAUGCACACUGUAAGAAAAUACUUGUAACAGGCUCUGCAGGCAUUUGUUGUCAAUUUUAAAGAGACGUUGAUAAAAUGUUGUAUUAAUAAUUUUGAUGUGUUUGUUCUGUUUUGUUUUUGGUAUAUUAAUUAACGGUUCAUUUAAUUAACAUGUUAUAGAGCAAGUUAUUACAUAUUAAAUCUAAAACCGUACCCAGACGUAGAAAAUGGUGUCAGUAGAGAAAGUAGUUCUAGGAAGUAAGUGCAUCGCUUUUGUUUAUAUGCCAUGUAUGGGCUUAGAGUAGAGAAGUGAAGCGGACAUGAAAUGUGGGCGUUAAAUCAUCGUUGUGUCUUUGAUUUUCUUUGUUCUUUUCUUUCUGAGUAAUCCAGAUCAGUCUUUAGAUCUGUUAUAUUUCGCCAUUUUGAUUUUGCAACUGUUUAUUUGUGUAUAACCUCUGUCUUUGUGUGUAAUAAAAUGAAGUAGGUCUAUUGAAAGAAUAUGUCUGUGAAGACGUCUUCAAGCAACUUAAAGAAGUCCAGACGCUUUUCUUUGCAAGCUCCUUUGACUCUAUUGAAAGAACUGGUAUUGUUUCUGUUUCUGUGAAUUCUGAUAUUUCUGCAUUGACUGGUCUGUACUUGAGCUCCAAGUCAACAGUACAUCCAUCCUGUCGUGACCAAAUGGCCCCAAAGUCACGUCUGUAUUUGUGGUUUUAUGGUCUUUAUGGUAAUCUUAAAGGUAGUCUGAAAAAAUGCAUUUAAGAAAGCUUUUAAAUUAUUUAGACACCUUUGCUCUGAGUCAUUUUACGAGUACAGCAUGAAUGCAAACAAUAUAUUCAAUAAAACUAUGGGUUUAAUGUACAUGUACAAGCUACAUGUUCAAGAUCCACAAAGUUUAUUUUCCAGAGCAAUGUCAUGGAAUCCUUUUUAUUCAGGAAAGUGAUCUUGAUUUUUUAUUUUACUUCCCCCCCCAGCAAAUCACCGGGCUUCAGUGUACCUAUGUGCUGCUGCUGGGCUCUUAUGUAGUUACAAUGAAUUAAAUGAAUAAUAAAUUAAAUUUUAUGUUCUUUACAGACUUUAAUCACCCUUUCAUCAUCAUUAUCUGGUAAUGUCUCUGGCUGGAGUAGCCAGCACUCAUAGAGAUCAUUAAACACCCGUUUUUAACUAGCCUGAAGGAGAACUCAAAGCUUAACACUGAUAAUAACUGAUAGCUGCCCUGAUAUCGGUUAUCACUAUAUGAGGUUUUAGGUUUUGUCGAGCCAACUGCCUCAAAGGAAGCCGGGCUGUGUUGAACUUCCUUCACAGUAGAAAUAUAACAUAGAAAAUAAUGCAGCUUCCAAAUUUUGGGGGAGGUGCAUAAAAACUCACAUCUAAUGUAAACACAGAAAUAGUAAAACAUGAGCAACGAUUAAGGAUCAAAGUUGAAAGGAAUUAAACAUCAUGUUAUGUUGAUUAUGUUGAGAUUGGCUGUUAUGGAUGUAAUGCAAUGAGGUGUUAUUACUGACAGCCUGUUGAUGCUGAUCCAUCUGUCAAAGUAUUAUUGUAUAGUUUGUGUUGUUUAUGUUGUUAUUAAUGUCCAUAUAGAACAUGUAUAAUGUCUAUAUGUAAAUCGUAAUAGUAAUUCAUAUUUUUAUACUUGCGCUUGUUUCAUAUCCUCUUCUGGUUGAGGAUUACAAUGACACCCUCUCUCGUCUCCAAUUGGACCUUAUUGCUGAGAUGGUAUUUAAACCGCCUUUAAGAUAAAGUAGUACCAUAAUAACUGUAACAAUCAGUUUCUUUUGUCCCAGGACAGUCUGCUUAUAACUCAAUCACUUUAUUUUCAUAUUUUUAAGAACUAAAUGAUUACAUUUGACUCCUAAACUAAAACUGUGCUCGCAAGGCAAACACAUAUCCAGUCAUUAGUUUUGUUUUUUAAACCCCAAUACACAAGUGGAUCAAGUAUAGUGCUGCUGCUAUUAGUUGAAGAAAAACAUUUCAUUACUUCUGGAAAAUUGAUUUGUUUCCAAACCGUUCUGUUGCUGACUGACCAGGAAAAGUGGUGCUGAGAAGUGGCAAACAGCAGGACUGAUAUAUUGUUGUUUGACCCAUAGAGAGUAUAAAACACAGACAUAGUCACAGUGAUAUCUCCCACUGGAUUGGGACUCCACAUUUUAAACUCUGAAUUGUGGCGUUUUGGUCAUCACUGUGUCAUGUGGUAUUUUUUGAAGCCAUAAGUUGCCUCAUAUCGAUGAAAGGCUCGAGAUGAAAGCAGCAAGCUCUAUUCAUAAACUGUAUCAGUGAAACAUACAGAGACACACAUAUAUUUGUUUUAAGUAAUCGUCUAAAUACUAGAAUUUCAGUCCUGAGAUGGUCUGUAAAACACAGAUAUUAGUAAUAUUAGCUUGAUGAAUUCAGAGUUUGUUUGGCAUCCUGGAUGUUCAGGUUUUUUAGUGAUGAUUUACGGAAGAAAAGUUGCAUUUCCAGUAAACUAUCAAGGGUCACGUGGGAUGGGUGGGUGAUCAGAAGUUACAUAAUAUGAAAGGUCUAAUUUUUAUCAACAGUUUGAUGCCACCCCUCAUCUUGUAGUGAUGAUUUUUUUCUGGGUAAAAAGAAAACAAAAAAUGUGUUAAAACAAUCUAAUCAGUGGCUGAAAUUACUGAUGAG